AUGGUGCUCUCAGUUCUGGCAGGGCAGGGCGUACAGUUGCCAGCCUCCUCCCUCAACUGGUUUGUACUUCUGCAGAGCCAAGCCCGACAGCCUCCCCCCAUGUUUUCAACACUGCUGGACUCACUGUUACAGUGUAGCUUUUCUACCAUAGCCCUUGCAGUGUCUGAACCUGGCAAUGAAUGGCAGACAUUCUGGUCUCUGAAGCUGCUGUAUUCUCAAGAAUUACUAAUUGAUCUUCUAGUCAAAUCUAAUGUGAGUUGGUAUGCAGAGUUCAACAAUAUUACCAGGAUUCUUGCAUUUCGAGAAGGAAGAAUAGAACAGGUUCCUUGUUCCAGAGUGGAUGUAUUUAAUAGCGAACAACUUACUGUGGUGGAAAAGCGAAUGUUAAUAAAAUUUCUUACAUUUUGUUUGGAAUUUGAGGAGCAUCCUGCUGAAUAUAAAGUUUACUACUCUCUUGCAUAUCCAGACUGGCCCAUAUAUCUACGUAAUAGAUAUACUUCUCUUUUUCUCAUUGUUAGUCCAGUAAUUCUCAUACUAUCUGUUAUGAUUACCAUUUUGGACUUACCACUUUGUGGAUUCCUCCUACAACUCACAGACACCUUCCUGCUUGUACUAUUUGCCCCCUUCCUCCUCUUUCAUCAAAGUGACAGGAUGUGUGCUGUGUUUGGUGGAAUCUAUUGUCUUCACCGCUCAGUACAAUGCCUUAUAGUGGACAAAGAAUCCAGAAAGAAAGGAUGAUAUAUAUGUAAAGCAAUCAUUCAUCAGUUUGGUCAGAGAAUAAUCUCUAAGUGUUUCCUUGUGGAGGACAGUUACUUUUAUGAAAACAUAUGUUCACGUGUACAAUACAGACAGAUCUCCAGGGCAGUCCUCAUUACAGAUAUAUAUGUACUAAAAAUGAAUUCAUGCCAACAGAUUUCCAUUUUGACAGUACCAGCAGAGGAACCAGGAACUUCUGCUGUUUGGGUCACUGAGUUAUGUUCCUCAAUGAUGACACACAUGAAAGAUACUAGUAAGCAUAAUAGAGUCUGA